UCGUCGUAAGGCUGGCACAGGAGGGAACAUUCAACCCGGCCCCGAGGAAGAAGACGAAGACGAGAGAGAUUGAGAGAGAGAAGAAGAAGAAAGCCAAGAAAGAGACCUCAAAUGAAGCUGCCUGCCCCCUUCCCGUAGCCACAGUCACUUCCUGCUCCCACUGAAGACCACCACACUCUCUCGCUGUACCGGAUGUAACCGAGAGACAUAACUGUUGACAAAAACAAAACACUAACGAUAAAGGGUAAAUUUGUAAACCACAGAUGCCAAUACUCAACACGUGCACGAAAGAGAUCUACUAGAUUUUCCUUAUUGAUUGAAGAUUUCUUUGAAAGAUUUCCAUAGUUGAAAUCUGCUGGUUUCUCGAGGUAUCAAGUGGAUUAUUGCAAUGUGUUUAUGAUGCUUGUUCGUUAUCAGGACAAAGGAAGACACAGAGAUACGAAAUAAAAGAUUAAUUUUAGGUGAUAGCGUGACUUGACAGUCUUCUAUUAUUAUUCUCUGACCUGAGGGGAAACUGAGCCGAGAUCUUACAGUACAGUCUGAAAGUGCGGUUCAGAGUGAUUCGAUACAGAAGUGCAUUUAGAAAAGAGAGAGAGGAAAGCAACAAAAUCGACAAUUACAGCCCUUAACUUCUUGGGCUUAGCUGGACCAGGCAGAGACCGGAAGAAGUCGAAAUAAGAUAACAAAAAGAAAGGUGAAGAAGCAGUUCUGAAAGUGAAAGAGAUUCCGUUUCGACGAAAGCGAACGAGCUGAAGUGCGGUUGUGUCAAUAACUCGCGGUCCAAUAUGGUCCUCGACACAAAGUUUGGGAUGCGUUCUCCUGACAGAGAUGAUUUCAGCGGUCAGGCGAGAGUGGCAGUCAUCGGAAGCAAGGCAGUUGGGAAAACAGCUCUCACCGUGCGUUACCUAACGAAGAGAUUCAUCGGCGAAUAUCAGUCUGAUACAGAUAUGAUCUACAGAGCUACGAUGCCUGUCGACGGUUCGAAGAUCGCUUUGGAAAUCCUAGACCUAUCUUCAAACUUGGACGAGGUCGUCGUGCCCAGGGAGACCGUGGCCUGGGCAGAGGCGUGGCUCGUCGUUUACAGCAUCACUUCCAGAGAGUCGUUCAAAAUAGCGGUAAGGGCGGUCGAAGCAGUAACGGCCGCUUGCGGGGGAGACCAACCGAAUCCGCCAGUUCUCAUCAUGGCCAAUAAAAAGGAUCUGGAACACAUACGACAGGUUCCCGAGAGCGAAGGCAGAAAGCUGGCGGAACAGUAUGGCUGCCGAUUCGUUGAGGUUUCAGCUGCGGAAAUGGUAUCACAGGUUAACGAAUCCAUUGACGGUUUACUGCGCCAGGUGUCACAACUUAAAGGCCAAACCUCGCCGCGACUGCGCAAACUAAGCGUCUCCAAGAUGUUCAACCAGUUAAUGAACCGCACGACAUCCAGCAGUAGCAACCAGAGCACAAGGCCAUCAUGCCCAGGGUAUCCCUGAGAGACAGGGCAAGGAAACGUGGGCACAUCCACCACAGCUGAAGCGAAACGAACUAGGCCUAUAGUGGUUACGAUGUAUGAAAUGGUGGAGAGAUGCUCCAGGAGGAUUUUAGGGGCCACCAAGAGGUGUCCCGUCUUCUCAUUCUGGAAGCACUGGUUUUCUUCGGGUCCCGGAAGUGGGAGGCCACCAAAAUAUGUUCUUCGGGAACGGAUGGAUGGUUGCGCCUUGGACCUGCUGAAGGCUAGUCCCAUAAGCAUUUUCGCGCCCAGGAAGUCAAUGUUGUUAAAUUGUCAGCAGCUUGAAACUCUCUCUCUCUCUCUCUCUCUCUCUCUCUCUCUCUCUCUCUCUCUCUCUCUCUCAACGACGAAUAACUCUUUCUCAUUUAACUUUGUGGGCUGAGCGAGCCCUCAUUUUUCUGAUAAAGUCUUUACUGGGACAAGACUGCGUGUUUGGUAAGCACAGAUCUAAUGGAUUCAGAUUCCCCGUCAGCAGAGAGUUAAUAAAUGACGAUAUUAUGCUCACAAAAAUGAACUGAGCGUGAUGUUUUAAGAAUCAACCGUAACAGGAUAUCGAAACCGUCUGUACAUCCAACUCUCUCUCUCUCUCUCUCUCUCUCUCUCUCUCUCUCUCUCUCUCUCUCUCUCUGUCUCAUGUGUGCAGACUACUAUACGUUUUUGUGUUUGUUGCAUACAUACGCAUGUAUACAGAUUUGCAUAUUCGCAUGCUCGUUCAUAUGAAUAUUUGUUAAAAUAUUUUUUGGCAUCUCGGUUUAUAUUUCGAAGUCGAGGAUUUAUCAGCAAAAAAGAAAAAACGAAAAAAAAAAUCUUAGGCGAACUCGAUCCAGAAAUGUGUAUUUCUGAUGUUCUAAAUAAUAAUGCGCCUAUCUAUACACAUAUUUCAGCAUUUGUCAGUACUUGUAAACAUAUUCAUGGCUUGGCAAUUUGAGUCAGGUUAAAAAAGUAUUAUUAUAUCUAAGCAUGGACGUAGCCAGAUAGCGGAGGGGGCGCUUGCCAACCCCCCACCCCCAUCUUUCUCGCUAAAUCUGUGAAAGUGAAACAAUUGACUGAGUAGACUUAUCACAGUAAAGAUUGUUGCUUCGCAAUCUACAGUUCACAAAAUAAUUGCAGUACAUGACCCGUAAUUGAAAACCAUUGACCAAAUGAUAUCAAAACACAGUAGAAAUACGUAAUGAUAUAAAUUCUAUAAAGUAUAAUGCCCCAUCUGACUUAUAUCUACCGUCUUGAGCUCUGGCUACGAACAUAGGUCUAGGUGUGUAUUUCACAGGCAAGGUUUAAAAAUGACAAACCUGACAUUUGCUAGGCGCCUUCAACUUUCAUGCAGGUCAUAUCAUAGUUAACGGUUUUUCUUUAAUACUUAUGAUUUACUGCUUCAAACCCACAUGUUAUUUUUACAGCAAUUUGGAAGCAUGUCGCCUCUGAUAUGAUUGGCUGUGUCUGAUUGUUUGAAUGGAGACUUGUUGCCAAUGAAGGUGAUACGUGCGAGAAGGCAUCUGGUGUGUUGUUCUCUUGCACACGUGUACAUAUGUUAUACAUAUUCAUACAGUAUGUGUAUAUACGUUCGACAUAGGCGCAUAAUCCUGUAUGCUUUGUUUUCUCAGUUAUACUGAAUUCUGUGGUGACUCUACCACGUAGAACUCUUGUAACGUUUUCUGUUAUUUAUAACUCGUUAUUUUAUCUUCUUGUUCUCGGAUGCCUUUGUAUACAAAACGAGGUGAUUUAGUAGACUCUAGACUGCCGAUAGAUGUGAAGAGCAGCUGAUAUUGUCUUGAAGAUUGUAACAUGAACAGUUUCGUUUGUCAUGAUUUGAAAGAUCCGGUAAUAAGUGACUUAACUCUCGUGCACCGGUUGGCUUAUGAAGCGCCACCGGUGUAAUUUUAUCAUCCGCUAAUCGUUUUGAAAAAGCACCGUUGAGUCUAGGGUUGUGUUUUAUAGUUACAUGAACUACUAUACGUUCUGCCUCACGCUUGGAGUGUCAGACCAGGAACUAAUAUAAAGUCUUAAUAGGACCCUAUUACCCCCAAAACACAGACUUAAAUACAGUUAUGUGCACAAUGAACAUGCAAGUGAUUUUGGUAUACGUGACCUUGUGAAAUAUGGACAAGCAGAUACCAGGUAUUUUUCUCAUACAUAUAACAGAUUCGAGGACGAAGAAGAAGGGUUCAGUUCCUGGGUCAGAGAGACAGACAGACAGUAAAACUCGAAGUUUUGGUGAGUGUGUCCUCGUUUUGGUCAGUGUUGGGGCAAAAAAGGCAUCUAGAGAGUAUACUAUACAGAGUAUUUGAGUAUACAGAGAUUUGAGCAAAUUAGUCUCAACUCCUCUACAGAGUCGUAGGAAUACUUAUUUUGUUUAUUAUUUUCCAUUCUAAAAGAAGCAGGUCUUCCUGAAUGGUCUUACAACUUUGCAUUUUGUAUUUGCAUUUGCAUUUCACAGUAAUAUACUGGAGUUUUUUUUGGCGUACAAACUGACGUAAACUCAACAGACACCUGUUUAGUCUAAAGAUUUAACAGGGGAAUCCCCUUUUGAUUGUUUUCUGCCAAAGGAUAUCAUUAGUAUAUGUUAUACCUAUGAUACAUUUUUUUUUUUU